AUGACAUCAUUAUAUCAGAUUCCUGUUAAUAAUGAAUAUUCAGGCAAAAUGAAUUCAACAUUGAACACUUCAACAGGGAGUUUAACAUCUACAAGAAAUAACCGUCGCGUAAUACCUGAUCCUAUAUCUAAUACCUCAGCACUGGGUGAAGGUGUACGAGUUGGUACACCAGGAAGUAGUGGAUAUGGUAGUGGAAAUGAAUCGACAAACAAUCAACCAACUUCACCAUUUGGCUCAAGUCCACGUAUUUUUGGCAAUUGUGCUGAAUGCGGCCUACGAAUUGUUAAUGUAACAGAUGCAUGUCAUGCAAUGGGCUAUUUAUAUCAUAAUUCCUGCUUUGUAUGCUGUUGUUGCAAGAGAAGUUUACGUGGGAAAGUGUUUUAUAAGGAUCAGGAUAAAAUAUACUGUGAAGAAGACUAUCUGUAUUGUGGAUUUCAACAAACAGUGGAGAAAUGUUUUGCUUGUGGACAUAUUAUCGCCGAAACAAUCCUACUAGCAAUGGGUAACACAUAUCAUCCAGGAUGCUUUAGAUGUUGUAUUUGUACCAAGUGUUUAGAUGGUAUCCCGUUCACUUUUGAUUCACGCAAUCUAAUCUACUGCCUACCAGACUAUCAUCUUGUUAAUGGACCAUUAUGUGGAGUCUGUGGACUGGUAAUUAUGCCAGAAGAGGGUACAGAUGAACUUCGAAGAGUUGUGGCACUGGGAAAGGAAUUUCAUAUUGAUUGCUAUCGAUGUGUUGAUUGUAAACGAAGUUUGGGUGAUGAACCAGAGAAACGUUGUUAUCCUUUCAAUGAACCUGACCCCGGAGCACCUGGUCGUAGCAUACAGAGAAUAUUGUGCCUAAACUGUCAUUUGCAACGAAUCGGUGCUAUUCCUGCGACACUAGCUGGUAACGGUGUAAAUAAUACCAGCAAUAGUACUACUACCAUUAAUAGUGGUAGUAGUAGUAGUGGUAGCGUUGGUCAUGUGAAGUCAAAUAGUGGGAUUGAAAGUCAUCCUGUUGUCUCAAGUCAUAUCAAUAAUUUAAGCACACGUUAUUCAACAUUGCCGACUAGAAUUCAAGGAUCCAAGUUGAGUACAGGUGUGGAUCAUGCACCAGUAAAUCAUCAUUAUCAACAUUAUCCACAUCAGUAUCAUCAUCUUCACCAACCGAAUACUUCAUUAACAACAUCCGCCUACCAUACUUAUGGUCAUACACCCAGCACUCGUAGCACAUAUACUAUACCGAAUUCAUCAGUGAACACAACAGGUUUAACUCACAGAGUAAUAAUAAUUAUGCAUUGA